AGGCCGGCCAGAGUGGGGGCGGGUCCAGGCGCGACUCAGGCUGGGGCAAGUCUGCGGCGGGUUCUUCAGCGGUGACCAGAGAGCGGCCGGGCCCUUGCGACCUGGGGCGGAGCUCCGCGAUCCAAGUGCCCGGCUCCCCGAACGAGGUGGGCGGGUGGCUCGGGACCCUGGCCAGGGCCGGCAUGGAGCGGUGGCGUGACCGGCUGGCACUGGUGACGGGAGCCUCGGGGGGCAUCGGCGCGGCUGUGGCCCGGGCCUUGGUCCAGCAGGGACUGAAGGUGGUGGGUUGUGCCCGCACCGUGGGCAACAUUGAGGAGCUGGCGGCUGAAUGUAAGAGUGCAGGCUACCCCGGGACUUUGAUCCCCUACAGAUGUGACCUGUCGAAUGAGGAGGACAUCCUCUCCAUGUUCUCAGCUGUCCGCUCCCAGCACAGCGGUGUGGACAUCUGCAUCAACAACGCUGGCUUGGCCCGGCCGGACACCCUGCUCUCGGGCAGCACCAGCGGUUGGAAGGACAUGUUCAAUGUGAAUGUGCUGGCCCUCAGCAUCUGCACGCGGGAAGCCUACCAGUCCAUGAAAGAGCGCAAGGUGGAUGAUGGGCACAUCAUUAACAUCAGCAGCAUGUCUGGCCAUCGAGUGUUGCCCCUGUCCGAGACCCAUUUCUAUAGUGCUACCAAGUUCGCCGUCACUGCGCUGACCGAGGGACUGAGGCAAGAGCUUCGGGAGGCCCAGAGCCACAUCCGAGCCACGUGCAUCUCUCCAGGAGUGGUGGAGACACAGUUCGCCUUCAAACUUCAUGACAAGGACCCUGAGAAGGCAGCUGCCACCUAUGAACACAUGAAGUGUCUCAAACCUGAGGAUGUGGCCGAGGCUGUCAUCUAUGUCCUCAGCACCCCACCCCACGUCCAGAUCGGAGACAUCCAGAUGAGGCCCACGGAGCAGGUGACCUAGCUUCCCGUGGGGAGCUCCUCCUUCCCUCCCUGCCCCUCUCGGCUUGGCACCUGCCUCCAGAUUUUAGGUGUUGAUCUCUGGACCCUUGGAUUCCACUUCCUUUCCCCACCCCCACCAGGGGCUGGAAAACUUGUUUGAGGUUUUUAUAUAAUCUUGUUGAAUUGUUUCCACCGCAAAUGUGAAAAACAGGCUGGGGAGAGAAGGUGGUGUCUCCCUGAUUGUUUCACCUGCCGACUCAUUCUUGGUCCCCUUCUUAAGCUCCUUGGCCUUUGUUUGCUGUCCUUGGUCUCUCCUCUUUGACCUGGGGAGGGGACUGUGGCCAAAAGUGGGGCUGUCUCCCACCCCCUGUCCCUUGAGGAUGAGCUAGCAGAGGGAAGCCCUCACCUUCCAUCUGAAUUGGUGUCCGGGGCUCCGGGCUUCCUCCUCUCCCUGCCCCACCGCCCCCACCACCCCUUCCCCUCUCGUCCCAGUUCUCCAGCCCAAGUGUGGCUUCUCAGGCCCCGGUGGGGUCCUCACUCCACUCUGACUAUAGCAGCAGAAUACCAGGGCCUGCCUCCCACGAGGAUUUCACUGUGAUCAUUAAAGAAGAAAAAUUGCAACAACCUA